GCGUGAGUAGGGAGCCUCGGCUGGUGGAAGCCGAGCCUCUGGGCUCUGCGGCCGCCUCAUCCCCGAGGUGCAUUCGCAGCUCCGCCGUGCGUCCCGAACCCUGCGAGCCGGCUGCAGACGCGCGGAGGACCGAGCCUGGUUCUUCCCGUUUCCUUCUGUCCCUCGCCGCCUCCCCACCCCGACCCUCUCGCUGCCUCCCUUUCCUCUCCCCCCCCCCUCGGAAAAUGGUUCCCGCAGCUGGGCGAGAUGUAUACAUCUCAUGAUUGAUGGGAAGAAACAAGUCAUGGGCCAAAGGUCAAGAUACUUCUCUGGGAAAUGCUGCUGCUGAUGCUGCUUUAUAAAGUCCUACAAUGAGUGUUUGGUUUGGGAACGAUUUUCAUAUUUAAAAGAUUUUCAUCUUGGAAGUAAAUCAAGUGAAAAUUAGAUUCAUUUGGGAAACAUUUUCCUCCUAAUAAAUUAUACUUAUAAUGGGCGACAUGGCAAACAACUCAGUUGCAUAUAGUGGUGUAAAAAACUCUUUGAAGGAAGCUAAUCAUGAUGGAGACUUUGGAAUUACGCUCGCAGAGCUGCGGGCUCUAAUGGAGCUCAGGUCCACAGAUGCAUUAAGAAAAAUACAGGAAAGCUAUGGAGAUGUCUAUGGAAUUUGUACCAAGUUGAAAACAUCUCCCAAUGAAGGUUUAAGUGGAAACCCUGCAGAUCUGGAAAGAAGAGAAGCAGCGUUUGGAAAGAAUUUUAUACCUCCUAAAAAGCCAAAAACCUUUCUUCAGUUAGUAUGGGAAGCAUUACAAGAUGUCACUUUAAUUAUUUUAGAAAUUGCAGCCAUAGUGUCAUUGGGCCUUUCUUUUUAUCAACCUCCAGAAGGGGAUAAUGCACUUUGUGGAGAAGUUUCUGUUGGGGAGGAAGAAGGUGAAGGUGAAACCGGCUGGAUUGAAGGAGCUGCAAUCCUCUUGUCAGUGGUGUGUGUGGUAUUAGUGACUGCUUUCAAUGACUGGAGUAAGGAGAAACAGUUCAGGGGUUUGCAGAGUCGAAUUGAACAGGAACAAAAGUUCACCGUCAUCAGGGGUGGUCAGGUCAUUCAGAUACCUGUAGCUGACAUUACUGUUGGGGAUAUUGCUCAAGUGAAAUAUGGUGAUCUUCUUCCAGCUGAUGGUAUACUUAUUCAGGGUAAUGAUCUCAAAAUUGAUGAAAGCUCGUUGACUGGUGAAUCUGAUCAUGUUAAGAAAUCUUUAGAUAAGGAUCCCUUACUUUUAUCAGGUACUCAUGUAAUGGAAGGCUCUGGAAGAAUGGUAGUUACAGCUGUAGGUGUGAAUUCUCAAACUGGAAUUAUCUUUACCUUACUUGGAGCUGGAGGUGAAGAAGAAGAGAAGAAAGAUGAGAAGAAAAAAGAAAAGAAAAAUAAGAAGCAGGAUGGAGCCAUUGAGAAUCGCAACAAAGCAAAAGCCCAGGAUGGUGCAGCCAUGGAAAUGCAGCCUUUAAAGAGUGAAGAAGGUGGAGAUGGUGAUGAAAAAGACAAAAAGAAAGCAAAUUUGCCAAAAAAGGAAAAAUCUGUUUUACAAGGAAAACUUACAAAACUAGCUGUUCAGAUCGGCAAAGCAGGUCUGUUGAUGUCUGCCAUCACAGUUAUCAUUCUAGUAUUAUAUUUUGUCAUCGAUACCUUCUGGGUUCAGAAGAGACCAUGGCUUGCUGAGUGUACACCAAUCUAUAUACAAUAUUUUGUGAAGUUCUUCAUUAUUGGAGUUACAGUGUUAGUGGUUGCAGUGCCAGAAGGUCUUCCACUGGCAGUUACUAUCUCACUGGCUUACUCAGUGAAGAAAAUGAUGAAAGACAAUAACUUAGUAAGGCAUCUGGAUGCUUGUGAAACCAUGGGAAAUGCUACAGCUAUUUGUUCAGAUAAAACAGGAACAUUAACAAUGAACAGAAUGACAGUUGUUCAAGCUUACAUAAAUGAAAAGCAUUAUAAAAAGGUUCCUGAACCAGAAGCUAUUCCACCAAAUAUUUUGUCCUAUCUAGUAACAGGAAUUUCUGUGAAUUGUGCUUAUACAUCAAAAAUAUUGCCACCAGAGAAAGAGGGUGGAUUGCCUCGUCAUGUUGGUAAUAAAACUGAAUGUGCCUUGUUGGGAUUUCUUUUGGAUUUAAAACGGGAUUAUCAGGAUGUUAGAAAUGAAAUACCAGAAGAAGCAUUGUACAAAGUCUACACCUUCAAUUCUGUUAGGAAGUCCAUGAGUACUGUCCUAAAAAAUUCAGAUGGAAGUUAUCGGAUAUUCAGCAAGGGUGCAUCUGAGAUAAUUCUGAAAAAGUGUUUCAAAAUCUUGAGUGCUAAUGGUGAGGCCAAAGUAUUCAGACCAAGGGACCGUGAUGAUAUUGUAAAAACUGUAAUUGAACCAAUGGCAUCAGAAGGCUUGAGAACCAUAUGUCUUGCGUUCAGAGAUUUUCCAGCAGGAGAACCAGAACCAGAGUGGGAUAAUGAAAAUGAUAUUGUCACUGGACUUACAUGCAUUGCUGUUGUGGGAAUUGAAGAUCCUGUGAGACCUGAGGUACCAGAUGCAAUAAAGAAAUGUCAGAGGGCUGGAAUUACUGUGCGAAUGGUUACUGGUGAUAAUAUUAAUACUGCCCGAGCUAUUGCGACCAAAUGUGGUAUAUUACAUCCUGGGGAAGAUUUUCUGUGUCUAGAAGGUAAAGAUUUUAACAGAAGAAUACGAAAUGAAAAGGGAGAGAUUGAGCAAGAGCGGAUAGAUAAGAUUUGGCCAAAGCUUCGCGUACUUGCAAGAUCAUCUCCUACUGACAAACAUACACUGGUUAAAGGUAUAAUUGACAGCACUGUCUCAGAACAACGCCAAGUUGUAGCUGUAACUGGUGAUGGUACGAAUGAUGGCCCAGCGCUAAAGAAAGCAGACGUUGGAUUUGCAAUGGGUAUUGCAGGAACUGACGUAGCUAAAGAAGCAUCUGAUAUUAUCCUCACAGAUGACAACUUUACAAGCAUUGUUAAAGCUGUCAUGUGGGGAAGAAAUGUGUAUGACAGCAUCUCAAAAUUCCUUCAGUUCCAGCUUACUGUUAAUGUUGUUGCAGUGAUUGUUGCUUUUACUGGCGCUUGUAUCACUCAAGAUUCACCACUUAAGGCUGUGCAGAUGCUAUGGGUAAACCUCAUAAUGGAUACGCUCGCUUCUCUGGCUCUGGCAACGGAACCACCCACUGAGUCUCUCUUGCUUCGAAAACCUUAUGGUAGAAAUAAGCCUCUCAUCUCACGCACAAUGAUGAAGAAUAUUUUGGGGCAUGCAUUCUAUCAGCUCGUUGUAGUUUUUACACUCUUAUUUGCUGGAGAAAAGUUUUUUGAUAUUGAUAGUGGAAGAAAUGCUCCUUUGCAUGCUCCUCCUUCAGAACACUAUACUAUUGUUUUUAAUACCUUUGUGCUGAUGCAACUUUUCAAUGAAAUAAAUGCCCGGAAAAUUCAUGGUGAAAGAAAUGUAUUCGAAGGAAUCUUUAAUAAUGCCAUCUUCUGCACAAUUGUUUUAGGCACCUUUGUGGUACAGAUAAUAAUUGUGCAGUUUGGUGGAAAACCUUUCAGUUGUUCAGAACUUUCAAUAGAACAAUGGCUAUGGUCAAUAUUCCUAGGAAUGGGAACAUUACUCUGGGGCCAGCUUAUUUCAACAAUUCCAACUAGUCGCUUAAAAUUUCUAAAAGAAGCUGGUCAUGGAACACAAAAGGAAGAAAUACCUGAGGAGGAAUUAGCAGAGGAUGUUGAGGAGAUUGAUCAUGCCGAGAGGGAGUUGCGACGUGGCCAGAUCUUGUGGUUUAGAGGUCUGAACAGAAUCCAGACACAGAUUCGAGUGGUGAAUGCAUUUCGUAGUUCUUUAUAUGAAGGGUUAGAAAAACCAGAAUCAAGAAGUUCGAUUCACAACUUUAUGACACAUCCUGAGUUUAGGAUAGAAGAUUCAGAGCCUCAUAUCCCCCUUAUUGAUGACACUGAUGCUGAAGACGAUGCUCCUACAAAACGUAACUCCAGUCCUCCACCCUCUCCUAACAAAAAUAACAAUGCUGUUGACAGCGGAAUUCACCUUACAAUAGAUAUGAACAAGUCUGCUACCUCUUCAUCCCCAGGAAGCCCACUACAUAGUUUGGAAACAUCACUCUGAUUGUAAGCUGAAUGUUAACACACUAGCUGCAUUGUAAAGAAACAAAUUGAAACUGGGUCUUUUCACAUAUUGUGAUGGACAAGAUAGUAUUCUUGUCUUUGGACUUCAACAGAAGACACACUUGUACGAAUGUAGAUUUAUUUUUUUAAAAAAAAAAAAGCAAAGCUUUCUGCCAGACUGAGGGUGCUUUUUGUGGGGUGGGAGAAAUGAACUGACAGAUAAACAGUAACUCAGUAUAAGUGACCUGUGGAAUGGUCCUAAACAGUGUAUUAGCAGAACUUUAGUUUUUCUCAGUCCUUGAUGGGAGAGAGGGAGGAGUAAGCUGGGCAAGACAAAGAGCCCUGGAUCAUUGAAUUGAUACUUUCAUUUCUGCUGUUGGCUGUUAAUAAUUUGGAUUAUUUAUGUUUAUAAAUGAUACAGAUCUGUUUACAAGGUUUGUAGAUACUUUUUUUGUUCCUGUUCAUAGAUGGGAAGCUUCCUUAUAACUGAUGCAAAGAAAAAUUAGUCCUUCAAAUACUGCUGUAUUUUCAGGAAAAAAAAAGGGGGGGGGGGUGUUUCUAUUGAAACUGUACUAAAUUUUUGCCUACAAUUUACCUUGUUAAAUAUUGUAGAUAAAUUGCUAAUACUAAUAGCCAAAUAGAUAACACUAAUGCUUUGUUUAAAAAAAGAAAACAAAACAAAAAAAACAUGAGCAGUGGUGUUCUAAUAAAGUUAUGGCAUCUGUCCUAAUUAGUUUCUUAAAUACAUUUACUACUUAAUGGUUUUGAAACAACUGUUUAAUUUUUAAAAUUUUUGAAAACUUGCUAAUAACCUUUUGUUCAAAAUUUAGUAGAUUGUUUAAUGCAGGACAUCAACUACAUAAUGAAAGAUGCUUGAAAUGCUUUUGUUAUUUCAGGCAAAUCAAAUUAAAUCAAACUAUCAAACUACAAGAGAACCUUAGUCCUUUUUGUUUUUGUCUAAAUAUGUUAGUUUAGUGAUGUCUUGGUGAACUGUGAGUGAAUUGUAUUGAUUUUUCUAAUAAAUCCUUAGAGACCUUCAUACAGCAUGAGGGCUGUUGGCAUUUUGAAAAAGGUUAACAAGUAGAAGCAUACAUGUUUUUCUUUCUUUUUUGAACUUGUUUGUAAACAUAAAUAAAAAUGCCCUUUUACUAAAUAAAUACACGGCAAUGUUUUUUUAAAAAGACAUUUCAGCUUCUUUCCUCAAUUCUGCAUAUAAUGGUGCAUCAGUCUUUUCUCUUUGAUCGCAAUUGGAAUAAAUUUCAAGAUGGUAACAGCCCCAUGAAGUACUGCUUUAAUUCCUUGUUGAUAAUCUAGUAGAAUCAGAAUACAAAAAUUACCACAACUUACCUAAAACAUUAUUUCACAUUUUUAAUUUUUUAAUGUAAUCAUUGUCUUUUAUUAAGUGGCCAAAAAACAGAUUAGGUAAAAUGAGAGUAGGUGAAAAGUAGAAAAGCUUCUAAACAGAUAUAUUUAGAUAUAAUAGUUAACUGUAUUCUAGAAUGCCCAUUUCUAAACCAAUUAGAUUCUUUAAAAACUGUUUCUGUCCUGUCUACCUUUUCCUCCUGUUUUCCUCUUGUCUUUACCCUUUAAAAAUUGGUAUUGUAUCAGGGCCCAGAUUUCACCAGAUACACAAUCCUCAGACUGACAUAGAGUUUACGAGGACUACUACAUCCUAGAGUGCUGACCCAGAAAAGAAAUGUUAGUUGAUGGUGCUUGAUAUUUUUGAUGGGUGGGGGAAAUCUUUUUCUCUCCAUCAGUUCUUUGCAGUAAUCCUCUGCAAGACUUAGAAAUACAAUGGCUCUGUCAGCAUUUAUCAUUGUACAUUUACUCAUCAGGUAUUUAUAGUGAUUCAUACUGUAAAAAAAAGAGGUAGCAUGAUAUGCUGGAAGCAUAUUUAGACUAGGAGUCAAGACGUGGCUUCUAGUCCUGGUUUUUGCCAUUAAUGUUCUGCAUGAUCUUGGGGAAAUAGUUUACCUUAAAUGAGGGUGGUGGACUAGACUCAUCUUGAAGAACCCUUUCAACUCUAAAAAUUGACCCUAUUAACUGAGGAAGCCUAUAAGGCAUAGGGAAUAGAGAAAAGGGAAAUGUUUUCAGUUUUCUUUUUUUUUUAUUUUGGUUAUGCUUAAAUAUGAAUGUACUUACCAAAUGAUUUAGAAGUGCAUGUGCUUUGGAGGAUUUGUAUUGAGCUUUUACAGUAUUCAUUUUCAACUCAAGGCAAUGGCUUUUUACACCAACUCUAAUCCAUAAACCGGUCUUAUGACAUCUAUGAAGUAGUAGCAAGACAUGCUUAGUGUGUAUUUCUCUCUUUGAGACACUGUAAUUUCUACCAGAAAUUUCCAGAGCAUUAUGUAAGUAGGAAAAAAAAUGCAAGCAAAGCUGUUAAAGAUCUCAGAUUCCAUUAUAUAUUAUGUAUAGCUGAAAUCAGCAUCUGUAAUUCAAUCACUUUUUCUCUUUAAUCCUCUAACCAAAAAAAAUGUUUAAUUUUACAUCCCAAAUGUUUUUAAUCUUUGUAUAUUUUUUAAAAAUCCUUUUCUCCUCAUCAUUGCCUUUUUUGUGGUUGUAAAUAGACUUACUUGCACUUUGAAGAUGAGUUACUCCUUGUCAUCUUACAAAUAUGUGAUAUGGUAAUUUUCAUAACAGAUGUCAGUUUUGAACCAAGAAAUGGUGAUUUGUUUAUAAGAAAAAAAAAACUGGCUUCAUUUCUGUGAAAUUGCUCUUUGAAAAUUUCUUUUUCCACAUGUAAGCCAACUGAGAUACCGUGAUGGUGUUGAUUUCUUUUAAUGAUGCUUACCAUCUAUUUUAGCCACUGAGCCUUUUAUUAUUUGUCUAUUUGUAAAGUUUAUUUGUCUUAACUCAUUUAAUAAAUAUACUGUUUAUCUGUUUCUGAA